GCGAGGUAAUUCUUUAGUUUCGUGUAUUUUGUUCACAAUGGCCGUUACCCGCCGAGGUUAUAUUUUUGGUGCAUUCGUGUCUGGUGUUACUGGUGUUUUGUUCAUUGUUGUUGCAUUGGCUAGUGAUAGUUGGGUGGUGUCAACAUUAACAGUUUCGAGUCAGCAAGCAGCGAGCAAUAUUAGAUAUGGCUUAUUUGGAGGAGAACUCACUUUGCGAGAAAUGGCCACACCUCAAAUGCAUCCAUUGCAUAUGACCUGUGCAGCCGAUGUGAAUGCAUGCGCUGUGAGCUGCAAGACAGAGCGUGAAUCCAGAUUAGUAGAGGUACGAGCUCUGGCCAAUGGCUAUCGGCCCACAGCCGCCUGCGGUGGAACCACUGAAGUCGACACCAGCAACCCAUUGGAUACCACACCGGUCAUCUCAUUUGCGUUCUACGUGAUCCUGAUAACAUUGCUCGUCAUUGACCUGGUAUUGGGUGUGGCAGCGGCUGGUCUGGCAAUCUUGAACGCUACUAAAAAUCCCACAGAACCAGUGUUUGGAUUACCUGGAUGUCUUUGGACCAACGUAGCGGCGGCCUUAGUGGGAAUAACAGUGAUGUUAAUGUUCGGCAUAUAUUGGCUAACGUCAGGACUGAAUGAGCACCUGGCUAUAUCAUAUAUCGCUUUAGGAUUAUUCACACCAGGAGCAGGACUUGGAUUUUCUUAUUGGUUGUUGCUAGGUGGCUGUCUUUGUUUUAUAGCUAACGUAGUCCUCAUGCAGACAAGAGCGUACCUCUUGGAACGAGACCCUCCUCCGCCAGUUAUUGAUAUUCAAAACCAUUCUGAUGGAACCAUAUUCUUGUACUAGAAUGAAUUAAGACUAUAUUGAUUGAAUAAAUGUAUUGAUGAAAUAUUUAUAUUGAUGAUAGUUGGUGUCUUUGUGGAAGCACGCUUGUAUUUGUGUUGCGCGUUGAAACGAGUAAAAAAUAAGUACAACUUUGUUCUAUUUAACUCGUCGGAGAAUUUCUUCUCUGCUUCUAAUUCUAAUUUAUUUCAUAGUAACCAAUUAUAUAACUAGUAUAUAUCCAAUAAUAUGAUGCACGGCUAGUCCGGUGGCUGCACAACCAGCAGCCGUGCAGCGUGGCUCGAGUUCGAUUCCCGCACGAAACGACACUUUGUGUGAUCCAAAAAUUGUUGUUUCGGGUCUGGGUGUCAUGUGU